AUGAAAUUUAAGAUAUUUACCAAAAGUAGAUCAAAUUCAAGAAUUCAUACACCAAAACUUAUUGAAGAAGGUUUUUUUGAUAUAUAUAAAAAAGAUUUAUUUAAAAAUCAAAUAAUAACAAUCAAUGCAGUUUUAGAGUCCGAUGAUUAUGACUUAGAAGAAGAUGAUUAUGAUGAAGAACAAAUUUAUAAUAAUAAUAAUGAUAGUGACUGGGAAGAAGGAUCUCCAGAGUUAUGGAAUAAAUCUAAUGAAUUAAAAAUAGAAGAAUGUAGUGAUAAUGAUUGCAUUGAAAAUGGAUUAACUUCUGAAGAGCAAAGUAAUGAAUUGAUCAAUUUAAAAUGUACUGACAAAAUUCUUGAGACAAGAAUUAAUAAAGAACCAAAUAUCCAAAGUAAGAAAAAAGAAGAUAAUCAUAAAAUAGAAUGUGAAGAAAAUGGUUUAAAAAAUGAAUUUUCAGAAUAUAAGGAUUUACUCAAUAAAAUGGAUUUAGGGCUUGAAGCAGAUACAAUUAAAGUAAGUAAAGAGGAUGAAAUUGAUCAAUUAAGAAAUUCCAUAUUCAAAAAACUGGACAAAUUAGAGAAUGAGGUAACGAAAAUAAGAAACCAAAAUAUUCUCUCGGUAAUAGACCAGAAAUUAGAUAAAAGUAAUAAAGAAAUAAAUGUUCAAGAUAUCUUAAGUAAUAUAGGGAAACAUUUUAUUGAGGGGGUAAACAAUAUAAUCGAGACUGGCCAUUCAACCAUAUUUAAGAAAUACUCUUUAGAAUUGAAUGAUAUAAAGAAUAUUAUCCAAGAAUAUAAUAAAGAUGAAAUGAAUAGAAUAAUUAAUAUAAUCGAAAAUCAACCAGAAUUUGAAAUUAAUGGUAAUAUUAGUUAUGAAACAUUAAAUAAUGUAUUUCAAUUUGAUACUCCAAUUAAAGGUAUAGGAUAUUGGUUUGAACAAGGAAUGAAUAAUACAAUGGAUGAUCGUUGGUUUAUUUCAAAAUUAUCUAGUGGAUCUUUUUUUGGUAUUUUAGAUUCAUAUAAUGGUGACAAAAUUACAUCACAACUUGAAAAUCUUUUAGUUUCAGAAUUUGAUGUAAAUAUUGAUAAUGAAAGUUGUUUAAAUAAAUACAAUCUAGCCAAGAUUUUCCUAAAAACCAUUUUAUCUAUUGAUAAAAAGGUACUCACAAAUUCAACUAAGGACUCCUUGAAUGUUGGAUCAGGUUUAAUAUCAUGUUUUAUUUUUCAUUCGAAAUUGGAUAAUAAUUAUGUGUUAUUUUCUUGUAACUUAGGUAGGUGUAAAGGAUUUCUUUCAAGAAAUAAUGAGAUAUUAAAAUUUCAAAAUGAAGAUUAUCACAAUAAUAUGAUAUCUGAAAUGAAUUUUAUCCAAAAUGAAAAUAUUGCAAAUAGUGCCAUAGGAUUCGGAUUUUAUAAGCCUCCAUUCAAAAAUAAGUUUGAAGUUGAUAAUGUACCACAAGUAAUUAGUAUUGAUCUUAUUUCAGAGUAUGAUAGAUUCAUUGUAAUUGCAACAGAUAGUAUUUGGCAGGUCUUUCAAGAAGAGGAGUUAAAUGAAAUGAUUUUAAGUAUCUUGAAUGAGAUAUAUAGUAAAUAUCCAACACUUAAUAAACAAAUUAUUUCAACAAUUAUUUCUCAUUCUAUUGUAACUGAAUCUUUACUUAGAGGUGUAACUGAUAAUCAAGUUUGUAUGGUAGUAUUAUUAAAUUAA